AUGGCCCUCCGUACCCUCGGCCCCAAAGCCGCUGCCGCCCUCGACGAAGAAUUAAUGUCCUCCGGUGCCUUCUCAAUCGACCAACUAAUGGAACUCGCCGGCCUCGCAGUCUCCCAAGCAAUGUACGCCCUCUCGCCACCCAGCAAAACACCCAACAUCCUCGUCGCCUGCGGUCCCGGCAACAACGGUGGCGACGGACUAGUCGCAGCCCGCCACCUAUUCCACUUCGGCUACAAACCGACCAUUUAUUUCCCGAAGCAGACGAAGAAUGAGCUCUACGGCCGGUUAAGGACGCAGCUGGAGCAGUUGAAGGUGCCCUUCACGGACGAUUUUGUUGGUGAGGCGAAGCGGACUGAUUGGAUCAUCGAUGCGAUCUUUGGGUUCUCGUUUUCCGGCGAGGUGAGGGAGCCGUUUCCCGCGGUCAUUAAGGCGUUGGCGGAGAGCAAGGUACCUGUUCUCGCGGUGGAUGCGCCUUCAAGUUGGAACAUCGACAGCGGACCUCCGGAUGAUGGGCCCGGGAAGGGGUAUAACCCCGAUGCGUUGAUCUCGUUGACUGCACCGAAGCCGUUGGUGAAGUGGUUCAAGGGACGGCAUUUUGUGGGCGGGAGGUUCGUUGGAAAGGAGAUUGCGAACAAGUAUGAGUUUGAUGUGCCGCCGUACAAGGGCAGCGAUCAGAUUGUGGAGGUGGGGAGUCAUGGGGAGAAAUUGUAA